AUGCUAUUAAUGUGUGACCAAAGUCCGGUGAUGCCAGGAGGUAGCAGUGGUCCGAAUGUGGAGAAUCCAGCUUUACCGUCUGCCCCAGCAGACGGAAAAGGAGAAGAGACAGUGUUGUCAGGUCACCAGGAUGGGCAUGCACAGUCUGAGUGUCUGGGGGGAAAAGAUAGCGGAACUUCAGGAGCAGAAGAGGGGCGAGAAGAUGAAGAGAUGACCAGCUCUUCUCACGAUCUGCCUUCCUCUGCUCAUCAAAGCCCCAGGAGCCUCAUAGAAUCCACCUCAGCUUCUACCAAGAGCAGUGAACACACAGACAGCAGCAGAGGGCAGACCCACAGAGAGCUGAUGACCACAGUGGCGGAGAUGAAAAAGAGGCUCCCUUCUGAGAGGCGGAGCCGCAGCAAAGCCAGCACAGUGGAGGCCUUACAUUAUGCCCUCAACUGUGUCAAGCAGGUGCAAGCUAACAGUGAAUACUACAAACUGCUGAUGCAAAAUGGGCAGGACGAGAGGAGAGAUGCCACCGUUUGCACUCUUGAAGAGCUAGAGAGAGUCACCUCUGAGCAUACCCUUAAAAAUACAGAUUCCUUCGUGGUGGUUUUCUCACUGUCAAGCGGCCAUGUCCUGUACACAUCGGAGCAGGCUCCCAGCAUCAUGUGUUGCAAGAGGAAGUUUCUGGAGUCCGCAAAGUUUGUCGAGCUGCUCUUUCACCAAGAUGUUAAUGUCUUCUACUCACACACGGCACAACCACAUCUUCCACCAUGGAGCAACUCACACAAAGCUGGAGUUCUGUUCGAUAGUGCCCAAGUCAAGUCCUUCUUUUGUCGAAUCAGGGGUGGUAAGGAUCGUGAGGGAGAGAUGCGCUACAAUCCAUUUCGAGUCACGCCUUACUUGCUGCGGGUUCAGGGAAGUAGGAGCAUUGGGGAGGAUGAGGAACCAUGCUGCCUGGCACUGGCUGAGCGCAUCAUCUCUGGAUAUGAGGCUCCUCGAAUCCCCAUGGACAAGCGCAUUUUCACCACAACACACUCCCCUGGCUGUGUGUUCUUAGAAGUUGAUGACAGAGCUGUGCCUUUGCUCGGUUACCUUCCUCAGGACCUGAUUGGCACAUCAUUGCUGACCUGCAUUCACCCAGAGGACCGUCCCCUCAUGCUGUCUAUGCACAGGAAAGUUUUGAAGUAUGCAGGCCAGUCUCCAUUUGAGCAUUCUCCAGUACGUCUGCGUUGUCAGAAUGGAGACUAUGUCACCUUGGACACCAGCUGGUCAAGCUUUAUCAACCCUUGGAGUCGAAAAGUGGCCUUCAUUAUUGGGCGGCACAAAGUCAGGACGAGUCCUCUGAACGAAGAUGUGUUUGUAGCUGGGGCAAAAGAAGAUGUUCCUGUCACUCAUGAGGAAAUAAAAGAUCUCCAAGCAAAGAUCUAUAAGCUUUUCCUGCAGCCGGUCCACAACAAUGGUUCCAGUGGUUAUGGUAGUUUGGGGAGUAAUGGCUCCCAUGAGCACUACAUCAGCAUUGCAUCCUCGAGUGACAGCAAUGGCAACCUGUGGGAGGAUUCCCAUCGAGAGCCGAUGACCUUGCAGCAGAUUUGUGCCGAUGUGAACAAAGUGCAGGGUUGGGGUCAGCAGGGAUUUCUGGAUACCAACCGCAAAACUGCUCCUCACACCAAACGUAGUACAGCACUUCUUCCCCCCCCAGCCACCAACCGGGAGGUCAGAGAAAAACAAGAAAGCAUGAAACAAACGCACAUUCCCUCCUAUCAGCAAAUCAAUUGUGUGGACAACAUCAUCAGAUAUUUGGAGAGCUGUACUGGUACAGCCCUGAAGCGGAAGAGUGAAUCCCAUUCCUUGGCCACCUCUUCUUCCUCUUCCUCUACCUCCGAUCAUGACAAGCCAGCAGAUGUCACUGACACGGCUCCAACCAGUUCAGAUGUGAUUGUGUUGGACAGUGAGGUGUCAGUGGGCCCUACAGCUGCCACUGUUGUCGGGGCCCCUCUAACAGACAUCACUAUGUCCACUAAGGCCAUGAGUGUUGUCUCGGUCACUAGCCAGUGUUCAUACAGCAGCACCAUCGUCCAUGUGCCACAGCCCGAGUCAGAGGCCACAGCUCCGGAGGAUGCCCCGAUGGGCAGUGAGCCUGCUGAAACUGCUACAACCCCUGUCCGUCCAUUCCCGAGCGCUGCUGCAGAAGAGCGAAGGUUUGUAGGUCUCACCAAAGAGGUGCUGUCAGCCCACACCCAAAAUGAGGAACAACAAUAUGUGGAUCGCUUCCGCCAUCGCAUCUUUCAGAGCCCCUACAGCUCCUAUUUGCACCUGGAUAACAGUUCAAUGGCUCAGUCCCACCAACCAGGAGACUAUUUACGUCCAUUGAAUGCAGGAGGUUGGAACCGCUCUCGAAGAGGAAAACCCAGACGCAAGAGACCCAAGCCUCAAGGUUCCUCAGACAGCUAUGGCUCCCCUGCUGCUCCCCCUUGCCGUGUUCCUGAGUCCUCUUGGCCCUCCUCAGAAUCCUCGCAUCCCCAGAUGGGGGUAUCCUACAGUCAAACGUCCCCGCUCCAAGUACCGUUCCUUCCUACCACGGGAAAGCCUGGCAUGGAGAACCCCCCCAGCCUACAACAGGCUCUAGCAGCACCUACGGUGACGCUGCAGCCCCCUGACCAAAUCAACUACAAUUUUAAUAUCAUGCAGUCUGGUCAGAGCCAGCCAGGUGUGCAGCAGAUCCAGAUGGAGCCCAUUCAGAAUCUGCAGAAUGUCCAGAACAUUCACAAUCUGCAGCCAGUGACUCCAGCCCAAAGCUUCAACCCGUACAUGGCUCCUGUCAUUGCUGUCAUCCUGCCCAGCUGUCCAACUGUCCUUCCAGGUUUGCCAACCAUUUACCCGCCCUCCAUUCCACCUGUUAUGCCCCAAAUACCCAUAAACAUGGGCGACUAUGGACCUGGCGCUGCCUCCUUCCCUCAGCCUCAGUUCCAGACCCAGCCUGGCCUCCACAGUCAGACCUCCCCAGGCCCUUUUCAAUGCUCCCCAAGAGCCAGCUCUUCUAUUGGGGAUGAAGAGGAAGGAACAGAGCCUCGGGCUUUAUUCUCUAGCUCUCGUUCGAGCUCUCCUCUUCAACUCAACCUGCUACAAGAGGAGCUUCCAAAGCCGAAUGAGGGGCAGAGCAGCGCUGGACUCAACCACGCUGAAAGCCUCCACGAACAGCACACCAACGAGGUGGAUGCCCCCUGUGAUUCGGGUAACAAUGAUGCCCAGUCAACAUCCAGUGAGCUGCUUGACCUGCUGCUGCAAGAGGAUGCCAGAUCAGGAACCGGCUCUAAUGCUUCAGGGUCCGGAUCGGGAGAGUCUGGGGGUUCAAUGGGGUCUGGAUCUGGCUCGAAUGGAACAUCUACCUCACACACGGGCAGCAGCAACAGCAGCAAAUACUUUGCCAGCAACGAUUCGUCAGACACAUCACACAAAGCUCGUAAGAGCCAAGAGGCACCAGAGCAGCGCCCGCAUGACUUCGACGCUCAGGUGGAGAAUUCCCUGUGGAGCAUGAUCCAGCACACGCCUGAGCGUGUCAUGAUGACGUACCAGGUUCACACCAGGGACCAGAGUGAGGUGUUGGCAGAAGACAGAGAGAAGCUUCGAGUGCUUCAACCCCUCCAGCCCUGGUUCAGCCAGGAGCAGAGAAAAGAGCUCGCUGCUGUCCAUCCUUGGAUCCAACAGCACACCAUCCCACAGGAAAUAAACACCCAGGGUUGUGUGAGCUGCAGCGCAGGCACAAGCAUGGCCUACUCCCCUCACCCACCUGCCCCAGACAGCUCAUCGCCGGUGGAGAGCCCACAGCUGGACUCCGUUGGAUCUGUGGUCAAUACUUAAGAGACCUCGAAAAGACACCAGCCACCACACCUCUCACAGUGAACCAGCCUUGUCAGUAACCUGACGCACCCACGUUAAUCUGUUCUAACUAGUCCAGUGGAGUGGAUCAAUCUCCUAAGGCUCAGAAUUUUUGUAAAGGCAACAGAGGUGGAUCAGGCCCUAAAGAGGC